UUCCUCCUGUAGUCCAGGACCAGCUGUAUGGAUUUUCUGGCACCACUCAGCCAGCUUUUCAACUUCUCUCCUAUAAGCCGAUUCGUCGCCACCUUACUUUCGGCCAGGAGAUGCCCAGGGAGCUGGUUUGGAGGCGACGAGCCGAGCCCCAGCUCCGACUGGUUCGAGGCGGAGCCGCCCCCUCUGUUGCUGUAGGCGGGUCCGAGCGCCGUUCUUCGGGGUUAUGGCGAUCGGUUGGGAGCGGGUCUGCCUCCGCCGAAUCCUGCCCAGGGUCCCCGGGACGCGGGGCAGCGCCGGAACGGGGCUGCGGGGGCAGUACGACGCCGUGGUCAUCGGGGGAGGACACAAUGGUCUCAUUGCCGCUGCCUACCUCCAAAAGUCUGGAGUGAACACGGCCGUGUUAGAGAGGCGGCACCUCGUUGGUGGGGCGGCUGUCACGGAGGAACUCAUUCCGGGCUUUAAGUUUUCUCGGGCCUCCUACGUGCUGAGUUUACUGCGGCCGCAGAUCUACCGAGAACUGGAACUGAAGAGACACGGACUGAGGGUACACAUCCGCGACCCCUCGUCCUUCACUCCGAUGCUGGAGGACGGCGUGGGAGGGAACCCGCCCCGCUCGCUCCUCUUGGGCAGUGACACAAAGGAGACACAACGGCAGAUCGCUCGGUUCUCACUGAACGACGCUCGGGCCUACGCCGCGUACGAAGCCUCGACCAGUCGCAUCGCCGCAGCUAUCCAGCCUCUCCUGGACUCGGUACCGGUGGACAUCCCGUCGCUGACCGGCAGCUCCCUGGGGCAGAGACUCCAGUCACUGCGCACCGUGAAGCCUCUGGUGCAGGCAGGACUGAAACUGGGCAAGGAUAUUCCACAAUUCUACGAACUUCUGACUGCGCCGAUAUCCAGGAUUCUAAAUCGGUGGUUUGAAUCGGAGCCUCUCAAGGCAACACUGGCCACGGACGGAGUGAUUGGCGCCAUGGUCAGCCCGGAGGCCGCGGGCAGCGGGUAUGUUCUGCUCCAUCACGUGAUGGGGGAGCUGGAGGGUGUGAAGGGGGCCUGGGCUUACGUGGAAGGCGGGAUGGGUUCCCUCUCCAACGCCAUCGCCCGCGCAGCUACAGUUCACGGAGCCUCCAUCUUUACGGAAAAGGCAGUGCGCUCGAUACUGGUGGAUCAGAAUGGGACUGCCCAGGGCGUGGUACUACAGGAUGGGACAGAGAUCAGAAGCAAAGUGGUUUUGUCCAAUGCCACUCCUCAUGUGACAUUCCUCAAGCUGACACCACAGAAGUCAAUGCCCAAAGAGUUCAUUAAGGAAAUUUCAUCCAUUGACUAUACAUCACCAGUGACAAAGAUCAACGUUGCCGUGGAUCAGUUGCCAGGAUUCCUGGCAGUGCCCAAGACUGAUGGGGUGCCCCCUGCCCGCUACUUGGCUGGCACCAUCCACCUGAACUGCGAGGACACGGCCUACAUCACGGAGGCGUACGACGAGGCUUACCGAGGGCUUCCUUCCACGAAGCCGAUGAUUGAGUUAUGUAUCCCCUCAGUUCUGGAUUCAACCCUUGCUCCACCGGGCUGCCAUGUGCUCUCCAUCUUCACCCAGUACACUCCCUACCAUCUCCAAGGGGGAAAGGAGUGGGAUGAGGAGCAGAAGAACCUCUAUGCUGACCGAGUGUUUGACUACAUCGAGCAGUACGCUCCGGGGUUUAAGAGUUCAGUGAUCGGACGUGACAUCCUGACGCCUCCAGAUCUGGAGAAGGUGUUUGGUUUGACAGGUGGGAACAUCUUCCACGGGGCGAUGACGCUUGACCGCCUAUACCUGGCACGCCCCUCGGCCCUGAAUUCGGGAUACAGGUCGCCCGUCAAGGGCCUGUACCUGUGCGGGAGCGGAGCCCACCCAGGUGGUGGUGUCAUGGGAUCGGCCGGUCGUAACGCAGCCCACGUUGUUCUGUCUGACCUGAGGAGGUCACGGUGGUCCCGCUGACCCUGCCGGCUCGCAGCUCCCCUCCCGGACUCGCGGGCUCUCACAUGCACAGGAAUCACUGUUGAAUCGGGAAGCACUUAAUGUAAUUUAACAGGCGCUCACAGAAUAUGAUCGCACCGGGGGAGUCCAUUCGAGCCAUCAAGUCUGUACCAGCACCUUCAAGCCAAUCCUGCAAGUUUAUUCUUCCCUUGAGGGCUUCUUUCUGUGGCCUCUUUUUAACCCACCCCCACCCUCCUGCUAUGGACCACAUUCCCCCCCCCCACCCUGAGACCUGCACAUGACAAGUAUAUACCUUUGAACAGGACCGCCGGUGGGUAAACACAUCCUGUUACGCUGCCCUAAUUGAUAAAAGCAAAUUGAAACUAAACUUUUGGUGGUAUAAUUAGAAUUUCCAAUAAAACUGGAAAAUCCCUGA